AUGUUGGGAGUUUUAAAAAGUACAAGUUCUUCCCACCGGCUCAUAAUUGUCCAUGCUGGUGGAAACAAUGGAUUUGUGCCAAAUGCAGGCUUAAUUUUUAAGUCCAGAAGCACCACUGGCGAUUACCAUGGCCAAAUGAAUACUGCCAAUUUUGAAAAAUGGACAACUGAAAAAUUACUGCUCAACUUACCGGAGAAGAGUGUCAUCAUUAUGGAUAAUGCUCCGUAUCACUCCACCCAAAUCAAUAAGCCACCAUCCAAAUAUGCAAGAAAAUCGGAAAUGAUAAAUUGGCUCAUUAGAAAUGAUGUCAUACAUUCUGAGUCGAUGACCAAGUACGAGUUAUCGCAAUUAAUAGAACGUCACAGAAAACCUGAGAAAACAUAUAAAAUAGACGAAAUAAUUAAAUCUAAUGGACAUGAUAUUUUAAGAUUGCCACCCUAUAUGUGUGAACUAAACCCCAUAGAAUUAAUCUGGGCGCAUAUUAAAAGAAAAAUACGGGAGAAAAAUCCCUCAACAUUAACAUUCAGCGAAUUGCACAGUUUAACAGAAGGAGCCAUAGCUUCCAUAACAACAGAUGACUGGGAAAAGAAUUGUAAACAUAUUGAAACAAUUGAAAAGAAUUAUUGGACCAAAGACAAUUUAACAGAAGAAACAAUAGAAAAUUUAGGAUUACAAAUAUUAGACACCACUUCCGAAGAUAACGACGAAGAUGAAAGUGAAAGCAGUAGCUCAGAUGUUUAG